AUGGGAUAUCGCCUGGCAGAAGCGGGCUUCAAAACCGCAAUCAUUGAAGCCGGAACCUUUUUCGAGUUGUCCAAGCCCGGUUUUGCCACUAUCCCAGGCCUUGAUGUUCUUUUCGUCGGUUCGGACAGUUUCGAGGCUCUGUCCGCAGCGGACUGGAAGUUCGAGACGACACCUCAGCAAGGCGCAGGUGACCGCAAGUUUCAUGUCGCGCAAGGGAAAUGCGUCGGUGGCUCAUCCGCUUGGAACUUCAUGAUCCACCAUAGAGGCCCCAAGGGCGCGUAUGACCAAUGGGCCGAGGCCGUCGGAGACGAUAGUUACAAGCUCGGCAGCUUCGAAGAAUUUUACAAGAGAUCCGUGACAUUCACCCCGGGGAACACCUCGAAACGUCCAGCCGACACCGUAUCUCCGUCUGACGCAGCUGAUUUUGCUGCUCCGGGUCAAGGCGGUCCCGUUCAAGUCAGCUACACAAACUUCGUCUCAGACUGGUCGAAGUGGCUGCAAAAAGGCCUGCAAGCUGUCGGGCUAAAAAGGACGGAUGGAUUUGAUCGUGGUGAUUUGUUGGGCUAUCACUACACCGUAACGACCAUUCGGCAGUCCGACGCAACCCGAAGUUCGUCUGCUGAAUACAUCUACGCUGCAGACAAGAAGAAAAUGAGCAAUCUUAAAGUAUUUACCAAUACUCAAGCAUCGAAAAUUAACUUUGAUAGCAGCAAGAAGGCAACAAGUGUUAAAGUGCUCUCUGCAGUUGGAUCCGAGUACACCAUCAAGGCGAAGCGAGAGAUUAUUGUUAGCGCUGGGGCUUAUAAAUCGCCACAACUUCUGUUGCUUUCAGGAAUAGGACCCGAGGACACGCUCAGCCAACAUGGAAUCCCAGUCGUUGCGUCUUCGCCCGGAGUUGGCCAGAACAUGUGGGACCAUAUCUUCUUCGGACCGUCUCACGCCGUCAAGUUCAAGACUAUCGAUUCUAUCUUGAAAAGCCUAACCGACUUGACCAGCGCUGUUGGAAAGUAUUUUACAGGGCACGAAGGGAUUCUUAGUUCAAACGGGAUCGAGAUGGUCGGGUGGGAAAAACUGCCUGCGCAACUCAGAAAUGACCUCUCCGAGGACACCAAGCAGCAACUCGGUUGGUUCUCAGACGACUGGCCAGAGGUGGAAUUUCUCGGCGGCAACGGAUAUAUUGGAACAUUUGGGUCGCUACUUGCACAGCCAGUCGACCAGAAGCAAUACACUACGCUUCUGGGUGCCCUCGUCGCGCCGCUUUCGAGGGGCAACGUGACCAUAUCAUCUACCUCUGUCCGUGACCAACCUGUCAUCAACCCCAACUGGCUGACUGCCAAGGCCGACCAAGAAGUUGCGGUGGCGUUGAUGAAGCGCCUGCGACAGGUGUGGGCAACCUCUGAGCUGCAGUCCAUCUCGGAUGGCCCCGAGUAUUAUCCAGGCGAGAAAGUCAAGACAGACGAGGAGAUUCUAGACAGUGUGCGAAAGUCUCUGAUGACGGUAUGGCACCCGUCGUGCACAUGCAAGAUGGGCAAGAAGGAAGAUCCCAUGGCUGUGGUUGACAACUUGGCGCGAGUACAUGGCGUUCAGGGUCUGCGCGUUGUGGAUGCGAGUGCUUUUCCUAUCUUGCCUCCAGGACACCCCAUGGCAACCAUUUAUGCGUUGGCAGAAAAGAUUGCCGAAGAUAUUAUCCGCACCGCCAAGCAGGGGUAG